AGAAAACAUGGACAGGAAGUCAUUUCUUUGGAUCUGUCUUAGGAAACAGAUACACAGUGAAGAUCUUUGAGGGGAAAGGAAAUGGGAGCUGUUUCUGCAGUAACUAUCAGGAACUGGCCUUCAUCCCUGUGAGCAACCCCACCCUUGUGGAGACUGGGCAGUUCACCUACUUUGGUCACUUGUGAGGAGCGGGUGUGGCGGCAGUCCCAUAGGCGCCCGGGACUGCAGCUAAGUCGUAUGACUUGCACCUGACUUCCUCAUAUAAACCACAAACAUCUUGAGAGCUGCGCAGGUGUACCAGGAUACCGGUGAAUCCAUUUUGAUGAAGAUAUGCCCCUGCUGCCCUGAUUAGCUGACGCUGCUUGCCUGGUGAGGUGGCGUGGCCUGCUGUGCGUGGAUGGGAACUGAGAGUAUAUAAGAGUGAGAGGCCCGGGUUAGAGGAUUAUUAUUAGGGGGAGAUAUAAACAAGGGAGAUAUAAACAAGAAGAAACAGGACUGAAAAAACGUAUGCAGAAGGAUCCUGUUGCAGCGUCGUUCUUCCUGGCCAGUUGGGCGCGCGCAAGAGUCACUAGUCUAAAUGAAUGUCUAAUUCAUGGCUCAGCACUCAUCUGAAAAUGUCCUCUAACGUGACCUCUAUUGUGAUAUGACAAAUUUUUAGUUGUUGGAUAGAAACUUAUUGCUCCUAUGGAAAUCAAAAUAAACCAAUGUUUUGAUGAUACAUAUGAUCCUGAAGGCGCCAGGUCCCUCACAACAUAGAGUUGUGAGGUGUCAUGUUGAUGCUGGCAAUUGAAUGUGGGUCCUCUGGAAGAGUUGCCAGUCCUUUUAGCCACUGAGCUAUCUCUGCAUCUCAUAAUCAUACGUUUGAAUAUAAAUGUGUUGUAUGCAUAUGACUGCUCUUCUUGCUUUGAUGAUUGAAAAUACAUGAAAGCAGUGCCACAAAUGGGAGUGGAAAACAUCUAGAUCUCCAGCAGCAAAUCUGUAUUUUUAACACAUUGUAUGUGUUAAAUAAGUGUAAACAUUUUUAAUUAAAUAAGUGUGAAUUUAAUAUUCUAGGUUAAUGUCCACAUAGGGUUUUUUUUUUCACAGAAAACUCCUGUAAUGUGAAAAAGCAGUGCCACCUUUCUUGGCAUAAAAAGACUCCAAAACAAUUGAAAAUCUCAAAUAAUUGGGAAGACUCUGCAAGACAGCAGUGUCCUACAUGGUCAUUACUCCAUUGUGCAAUGAAGCCAUCUCCACGUUGUCUCAAAAUAAAAUAAUGAGGACAACAGAAGAAGUGGCUCUUCAGAUUCUUUUGCUUUGCCAAGCUGGGGUUGGAAUUCUGGGCAACAUCCUACUGUUUCUUCAUAAUUUCUCUCCAAUUUUGACUGACUCACAACUGAGGCCCAUUCAGAUCAUCCAAACAAACUUAGCUGUGGCCAAUACCUUCAUUCUCCUCUUCUUGACAUUUCCAAACCAUAUGGCAGUUUUGGCUCCAAGGAAGCCUCCAACUGACCUCAAAUGUAAACUUGCAUACUUCUUUCACAUGGUGGCUCGAAGCACAAACAUGUGCUCCACCUGUGUCCUCAGCACCUACCAGUUUGUCACUCUUGUUCCUGGUACCUGGGCUAGGGUCAUCUUCAGAGAAAUAUCCCCCAAGGUUGUGAGCUAUUCUUGUUACAGUUGCUGGUUGUUCAGUGUCUUAAAUAAUGCUUAUAUCCCAAUGAAUGUUAGUGGUCCUCAGAAAACAGAUAAUGGCACUGAUUCUAAAGGUAAGUGGGUCUGCUCAACUUCUGGUUUCAAUGUUGGCAUGAGCUUCUUACAGUUUGCCCAGGAUAUUAUUUUUAUCAGCACCAUGAUCUGGACCAGUGUCUCCAUAGUGCUUCACCUGAACAGACACCACCAGAGAAUGCACUACAUACAUAAUACCAGUCAGAAGUUCAGAGCCUAUGCUGAGACCAGAGCAGCCCAUACUGUCCUGAUGCUGGUAGUCACAUUCGUGAGCUUUUAUCUUCUAGACUGCAUUUGUACUUUCUUUCACAUUUCUUUUGUGAACACUCGUUUCUGGUUGAGGCAUGUCAAAGAAGUUCUGACUGUAAGCUUCCCCACUAUUUCUCCCUUACUGUUGAUCUUUAGGGAUCCUAUGUGUCCUUGUCCUGUACCCUUCAUUGUGGGGCUACAAAGCCGUGUCACUGGGAUAUCCAGUCUGGAGCAAGAGUGAGGUCAAGAUGGGUCCAAGCCCUGAGAAUCUCAGCCUGAGACUGGAAGGAGUAUAAUUGUUCUCUCCUUUCUGGGCUGGAUAUACACUUGUAUGUAGCCUGUACAACUUCCACGUCUGCCACACUUAACAUAUUCAUGCAUCAUGGGUGGCCAGGUUUCUCAUUAAACUUCCUAUAUAUACCCUGAUUAAGACAAACCCAGCUAUCAGUUGAAGUUUUUCUGUGAGGAGCCGCCCUUGCAAUCGCCAUUACAAGAUGGCGCUGAUAUCCUGUGUUCUAACUAGUAAACAAGUAGUCUGUGCAUGUGCUGGGGUAUUUUUCCAUGCCUUGUGCCAAGCCUGUCCCGUGGCAGUCAUCUGGGAUGAUAGUGAGCAGCUAAUCAGGAACUGACAUGUCUCCAACCGCUCUUUGUGGGUUGUAAAAGGACUGAGUUUCCUGUAUUCGAGUCUUCCUGAUAAGUAAGCAAUAAAGCUUUGCCGUAGAAGGA